AUUUAUUUAGAAAGCCCCUCCCACAAACACACGCGAACACACGGAAGAGAAGAAAGAAGGAGAAAAAAAAAAAAAAAGAAAAGAUGGAGUCUGAGAAUACCCAAAACAUUCGCAUCCUGCUCAUAGGAAAUGGAGGUCGCGAGCACGCCCUAGCCUGGAAGCUCUCCCAGUCGCCUCUCGUCGAGUCCAUCAUCGUCGUCCCGGGCAACGGCGGCACCGCGACCUGUCCCAAGACCACCAACGAAACCAGUGUCUCUGCCGAAGACUUCCGCGGCCUCGUGUCGUUCGCCCAGUCGCGCAAUAUCAACCUCGUCGUCCCUGGCCCCGAGCAGCCUCUCGUCGAUGGCAUCGAAUCCUUCUUCGCUGGCGCUGGCAUCCCUGUCUUUGGCCCCUCCAUCGCCGCCGCCCGCAUGGAGGGGAGCAAGACCUUCAGCAAGGAUUUCAUGCGCAGACACGGCAUCCCCACCGCCGCCUAUGCCAACCUUGCCAAUUACGGCGCCGCUGCGAGGUACAUCCAAAACCUAAACAUCGAUGUGGUCAUUAAGGCGACGGGCCUGGCUGCCGGCAAGGGCGUCAUCAUCCCCCAGUCGAAGGAAGAGGCCCUCCUGGCCGUGCGCCAGAUCAUGCACGACAAGGCCUUCGGCUCCGCUGGCGACGAGAUCGUCGUCGAGGAGCUCCUGACGGGCGAUGAGCUGAGUAUUCUGUCCUUCUGCGACGGGUACACCAUCAAGAGCCUGCCCGCCGCCCAGGACCACAAGCGCAUCUUCGACGGCGACCAAGGGCCCAACACCGGUGGCAUGGGCUGCUACGCCCCGACCAACAUCGCCACGCCCGCCCUGAUCAAAAAGAUUGAGAAGGAGAUCCUGGAGCCCACCAUUGCCGGCAUGAGAUCCGACAGGAUGCCCUUCAAGGGUGUGCUCUUCACCGGCGUCAUGGUCACCCCCGACGGGCCCAAGGUGCUCGAAUACAACGUGCGGUUUGGUGACCCAGAGACGCAGACCGUCCUGCCUCUGCUCUCCGAGGAGACAGACUUGGCCGAGGUCAUGAUGGCCUGCGCAAAGGGCUACCUGAGCUCUGUGGACCUGCACAUCCUGCCCAAGUUCAGCGCCACCGUGGUUGUGGCCGCAGGUGGCUACCCGGGCAGCUAUGCGAAGGGGACCCCCAUGACCGUGGGCACCCCAGCGCCCGACAGCGGGAUCACCAUCUUCCACGCCGGAACCCAGCUGGUAGGCGGUCAGCUCCAGACCUCGGGCGGUCGAGUGAUUGCCGCCAACGCGGUCGGAGACAGCCUUGAGGAGGCGGUGAGGAAGGCAUACGAGGAGGGCAUCAAGCUCAUCCAGUUCGACAAGAUGUUCUACCGCAAGGACAUUGCGCACCGUGCAUUCCGGACACAGCCGAGCACGUCAGGAGGUCUCACCUACGCUGAGGCGGGCGUCAGCAUCGACGCUGGCAACGAGCUCGUCGAGAUGAUCAAGACGGCCGUCCGGUCAACAGCACGUCCCGGCGCCGAUGCUGAGAUUGGUGGCUUCGGUGGCGAGGUAGACCUUGCGGCCGCUGGCUACCCCAACGCACCGAUCCUCGUGGGCGCCAUCGACGGCGUCGGCACGAAGCUGAUCAUCGCGCAGUCCAUGAAGAAGCACGACACUGUGGGCAUCGACCUGGUGGCCAUGAACGUCAACGACCUGAUCGUCCAGGGCGCCGAGCCCCUCAUGUUCCUAGACUACUACUCGUGCAGCAAGCUCCGCCCUGCCGACGCCGCUGCCUUCGUGACCGGUGUUGCCGAGGGCUGCCGUCAGGCCAACUGCGCCCUGGUGGGCGGCGAAACGGCCGAGAUGCCCGGCAUCUAUCACGACGAAGACUACGACGCUGCUGGUGCCGCCAUCGGUGUCAUGCGCAGGGAAGCUAGGCUGCCGCGUCUGACUGACAUGCGCGAGGGCGACGUCCUGCUCGGCCUGGCGUCCAACGGUGUCCACUCCAACGGCUUCUCCCUCGUCCGGCGCAUCGUGGAGAAGGAGGGCCUCGAGUACACCGACGCGUGCCCCUGGGCCGACAACAACAGCGCGUCCUCGGUCGGCGACGCGCUGCUUGCGCCCACGCGGAUCUACGUCAGGCCCCUCCUCAAGGCCCUGGAGCUCAACCUCAUCAAGGGCCUCUCGCACAUCACCGGCGGCGGCCUGACCGAGAACGUGCCGCGCAUGCUGCCCAAGACCCUCGCCGCCGAGAUCGACGUCGCCAGCUGGACCGUGCCCGCCGUCUUCAAGUGGAUGCGGACGGCUGCCUCGGUCGAGCCCAAGGAGAUGGCCCGGACCUUCAACAACGGCAUCGGCAUGGUCGCUGUAGUCGCCGCUGCCGAUUAUGACAAGGUCGCCGGCGUCCUCAAGGGCGAGGGCGAGACGGUGUACAAGAUUGGGCAGCUGGUGAAGAGGGAGAGCAACGGGGAGGAGUGCGUGCUCAAGAGUCUGGAGUCCUGGGCGUAA